AGAGCUAGCUUGCGCUAUAUAUAAACUCAGAGCUAUAGAACACCAGGAACUCUCAGUCUGAGUCGGUCAGUUAGUUUCUGUUAGUUGGAGGUUUCUCUGUUUGAACCCCAAUAUGACGGGGCCCCUCCUCCUGCUGCUCACUGUGGGGGUGUCUGGGGUGUAUUGUGGUGAGUAUAAUCCUAAAGCAGCAGAUAUAGUGUAUUCCAUGUGUCUGUCUCAGGGCACUCUCUCUCUCUCACAUGUGUCUGUCUGUCUCAGGUCACUCUCUCUCUCUGACAUGUGUCUGUCUGUCUCAGGUCACUCUCUCUCUGACAUGUGUCUGUCUGUCUCAGGUCACUCUCUCUCGGACAUGUGUCUGUCUGUCUCAGGUCAUUCUCUCUCUCUGACAUGUGUCUGUCUGUCUCAGGUCACUCUCUCUCUCUGACAUGUGUCUGUCUGUCUCAGGUCACUCUCUCUCUCUGACAUGUGUCUGUCUGUCUCAGGUCUCUCUCUCUGACAUGUGUCUGUCUGUCUCAGGUCUCUCUCUCUGACAUGUGUCUGCCUGUCUCAGGUCUCUCUCUCUCUGACAUGUGUCUGUCUGUCUCAGGUCACUCUCUCUCUGACAUGUGUCUGUCUGUCUCAGGUCUCUCUCUCUGACAUGUGUCUGUCUGUCUCAGGUCUCUCUCUCUCUGACAUGUGUCUGUCUGUCUCAGGUCUCUCUCUGAUAUGUGUCUGUCUGUCUCAGGUCUCUCUCUCUCUGACAUGUGUCUGUCUCAGGUCACUCUCUCUCUCUCUGACAUGUGUCUGUCUCAGGUCACUCUCUCUCUGACAUGUGUCUGUCUGUCUCAGGUCUCUCUCUCUGACAUGUGUCUGUCUGUCUCAGGUCACUCUCUCUCUCUGACAUGUGUCUGUCUCAGGUCACUCUCUCUCUCUCUGACAUGUGUCUGUCUGUCUCAGGUCUCUCUCUCUCUGACAUGUAUCUGUCUGUCUCAGGUCACUCUCUCCAGUAUUAUUACACUGGUGUCUCAGCUCCCGGACAUGGGCUGCCUGUAUUUUCUAUCGUUGGCUAUGUGGAUGGAAGGCAGAUAGUGAAUUAUAACAGUGACUCCGGCCGGAUGGUUCCUGUGGCUCCGUGGAUGAAUAGAGAGGGACAGGAUUACUGGGACGGACAGACACUGGCCGCUAAAGGCACUGAGCCUGUAUACAAAAACAAUGUGAGGACAGCAAUGCAACGCUUCAACCAGACCGGAGGUGAGAAACACUGA